AUGUUCAACUUCACUCCAUUGGCAGGCGCUCAGUCUGAGAGCAGCGCAUCACAGUCUCUCCUUGAGCUUGAUGGUGGCGUGAAAGUCCUCAUUGACGUCGGAUGGGACGAAACCUUUGACGUAGAGAAGCUCCGGAAUCUCGAGAAGCACGUUCCGACAAUCUCCAUCGUCCUCCUCACCCACGCAACAGUCGCCCAUUUAGCAGCGUAUGCCCAUUGCUGCAAGCAUUUCCCGCUGUUUACUCGAAUACCGAUCUAUGCUACAACACCUGUCAUCUCGCUCGGGCGCACCCUUCUCCAAGACCUGUAUGCAUCAACUCCACUCGCAUCGACCAUCAUUCCUUCCUCGUUGCUCUCCGAAACGUCCUAUUCGUACUCGAAGCCAGGUUCUGGGGAGGAUGAUUCACACAUACUCCUACAGUCUCCGACCCACGAAGAGAUUGCGAACUACUUUUCCCUCAUCCACCCAUUGAAAUACUCGCAACCGCACCAACCGCUUCCGUCACCAUUUUCGCCGCCACUCAACGGCCUCACAAUUACAGCCUACAAUGCAGGACAUACGCUAGGUGGGACUAUCUGGCACAUCCAGCAUGGUUUAGAAUCGAUAGUCUAUGCCGUGGACUGGAAUCAAGCAAGGGAGAAUAUUCUGGCAGGUGCGGCAUGGCUUGGCGGGGCUGGUGCUGGUGGAGCAGAGGUCAUCGAACAACUACGAAAACCUACUGCUCUUAUUUGUAGCAGCAAGGGCGCUGAGCGGAUAGCUUUGGCUGGGGGGCGGACUAAAAGAGAUGAGGCGCUUUUGGAUAUGAUCAAGUCCGCUAUCGCCAAGGGAGGAACUGUUCUGAUACCGACGGACUCCAGUGCGCGGGUGCUGGAACUGGCAUAUCUGCUAGAGCACGCAUGGCGCAAGGACGCAUCAAACCCGGAAAGCCCAUUUCAGAAUGCGAAUCUAUAUUUAUGCAGCAAGAACAUCGGGGCAACGAUGCGCUAUACCAGAAGUAUGUUGGAAUGGAUGGACGAUGGGAUCAUCAGAGAGUUCGAAGCCAUUGCCGGCGGUAUUGAUAGACAGCCGAACAAGCCUUCAGAGCCAAGGCAGGCUGGGGCUGGUCCUUUCGACUUCAAACAUGUGCGCCUGAUUGAGAGGAAAGGGGGGGUCAGUGCUGUCCUUAACAACGACGCGACAAAGGAUGGCAAGCCGAUGGCCAAAGUUAUUCUUGCAAGUGACAGGUCACUGGAUUGGGGAUUUUCGAAAGAUAUUUUGCGAAAUAUAGCUGCUGAUAGCCGCAACCUGGUUAUUUUGACGGAGAAAAUGAGUAAGCUGCCUGACGGGGGACGAAGCUCGGGAGUUUCGAGGACGUUAUGGUCUUGGUGGGAUGAGAGGAAGGAUGGUGUUGCGCUCGAGCAAGGCUCAACAGGAGAUAGCUUGGAGCAGGUAUAUGGGGGUGGGCGAGAGUUGACGCUUACGGAUGUAAAGCGAGAGGCAUUGGAGGGAAAUGAAUUGCUAUCAUACCAACAAUGGCUUGCCACUCAGCGUCAGUUACAAACGAUAACUCAACCAGGAGGACCAACCGCCUUAGACACAUCUGCAGACGCAGUUGAUGAUGCUUCAUCUGUGUCAUCAUCAGAUAGUGAAGAAUCUGAAACAGAGCAGCAAGGAAAGGCUCUCAAUAUCUCCACCGCGUUAGGUCAAGCCGGAAGGAAGAAGAUGGGCCUCAGCGAUGAAGACCUGGGCAUCAACAUUCUCUUGCGUCGGAAAGGCGUUCACGAUUACGACGUACGAGGCAAGAAGGGCCGUGAGAAGAUGUUCCCGCUGGUUAUUCGACGCAGACGAGCAGACGAAUUUGGAGACUUGAUUCGACCUGAGGAAUAUCUCAGAGCCGAAGAGCGAGAUGAAGCUGAGGCACAAGAUUCGCGCCAAUCUGGCAAGUACGAUACCCAGGACACGCUUGGAAAGAAGCGUAGGUGGGACGACGUAGUUACCAAAGCGGACCGACGACCGUCAGAUAGCGCAAACAAACGACAGCAGACCGGCUUCAAUGAUAGUGGGGAUAUUCCUGCAAUCAACGACGGCGGAUUUGCCAAUGGCGUUUUUGAUGAAGACGCUAUUGAAGAUGAGCUUGAUGUUGUUGGACCUGCGAAAGCUAUUUUCUCAACAGAAUCAAUCACCGUUAACUUGCGCCUGGCGUUCGUCGAUUUUGAAGGGCUACACGACAAGCGAAGUCUUCACAUGCUGAUACCCCUUAUCCAGCCAAGAAAGUUGAUCCUGGUGUCGGGGUUGAAGGAUGAGACUUUGGCUCUGGCACUUGACUGCCGUCGAUUACUAGGAGGCGGAGGAGAUAAGCAGGUUGAUGUGUAUACUCCGGAGGUUGGCGCAACUAUUGAUGCAAGCGUCGAUACUAAUGCAUGGGCUGUUAAGCUCACACAUAGCCUUGUCAAGCAGCUUCGAUGGCAGAAGGUCAAAGGCCUCGGCAUUGUGACACUGAGCGGGCGUUUAGCUGCUGCUUUACCAUCAUCUACCGAAUCAAUUGAUGGGAGCGAAGGAAACGCAAACAAGAAGCAGAAAAUAGAUUCGGACAAGGAUUCGGAAGAAGUACCAGACAACGAAUCCCAGGCGCUUCAAACCAUCCCAGAACCCGAGAAAGCGUCUAUGCCAGUCUUGGAUACCUUACCAACGAGCAUGGCAUCAGCGACUCGAUCUGUAGCUCAGCCGCUACAUGUUGGUGAUCUCCGGCUUGCUGACUUGAGGAAAAUAAUGCUCUCCGCCGGAUACACGGCUGAAUUCAGGGGUGAAGGAACACUCUUGAUUGAUGGCUGCGUUGCUGUCCGCAAACUAGGAACGGGAGCGAUCGAAGUCGAGAGUGCUGGGAUAGGACAGACUGGUAUACCUCAACAGCGAAAUACCUUUUACGCAGUUAAAAUGAAGAUUUACGAAGGCCUUGCGGUUGUGGCCGGCGGCUAG